UUAAGUUGUUGUGAAGCGCACGGGCGGAACGGACACGAAUCCGCCUCGCGCCGGCGCGCGGCUGCACGUGCGACACGUGUAGUACCUACUAAAUCCAUCAAAAGCUGCCCGCGCCCGGCGUCGCAGCGUGCGACCGCGCACAACACCGCCUAACCGUAGGAAGGGCUGCCCCGUGAUCAGAACGAUGGGCUGCUGCUGCCCCGACAACACAGAAAAGAAGGCGCAGUCGCGCGAGGAACGGGCCAAGGAGGCCGCCGCGCGGAAGCGGGAGGCCGCGCGGAAGGCCGCGAAGCGGAGCGCCUUUGCGUUUCGGCACGACUGGCGGCAGUCCCUCAGACAAAGCAUGUACGCCUUUGGAGUGAUGAGCUUGCUGUGUCUCUGGGGCUACCACGACCGCGAUUCGUGGUAUUUGCGAUUUGUUGCUGCCUUAUGUGUCUGGAUUGCGUAUAUUUUGCUCGUAUUGGAGGGUCCUUGUUUACUAGGAUGGGCCUUUACGAAGAUCGGGCAGAUCGUGGACCCCAGCGAAGGAGCUAAAAUAGGCGCUGUCUUAAUAUCGCCCUGGAUUGGUAGAGACGCGGUCGGCGGGUCUCCGCGACUCCAUAUCGUGUUCACGUUGCUCGGAUGCGCGAUGACGGACGUAGAGAUCGAGAAAGAAAGCAGUUACGGCUUCGUGGGCUGGGCUGAUGCUGUACAUAUUCGCAUGUCCCUGGACUGGAGUGACGUCACUGCUGUCUAUGCGAUGGUUUGUGAUCAGAUACGACGGUAUCGUGCAAAGCAACCGAUGCGCGAUGUUAUAUUGAGGAUCGACGAGAUCCGCGUGCAGAAGGCGACGGGCGUCAUGGAACUCGUAAGGGGCGAACUUAAUUAUAGGUUAUUCAAGCGACGCGUGGCCGAAGAUGAGGUAAGGCAGCAUUUUGAGCGCGUACCGAAUUACUUGAAAUGUUCCAUAAUAGCCUACGAGCACCUGUCCACGCAAAGGGUGCGGCCGACCAUCGAAUGUGUAUUGCGGGAAAGACGGUUCGAGACGACGCGAGGCACGAAACAGGGGCCCGGCGAGGCCUCGGCCUGGGCUGCUGUGUUUGAGGCGCCCGCGCCGGACUGCGCCGCGGUCCUGGAAAUCGCGGCGACGCCGAAUCAAGGCAAGAAUUAUCAUUUUGGCGACUGGGGCGUCAAGCUCCAGCACUUAAGAAGGAUGGCUUCAGUUGUAGAAAAGGGUACUGGUAAGUUCGCAAAAUUACCGGAGAAGCUCUGCCGCUUCUAUGGGUUGAGGAAGGCUCAGAUUGCGUGGGGUGCUGAUUACGUGCGAUUACGAGGCAGGUGCGAACUGCGCUCGGCGAAGGACCCGGAAGUGGUCCAGGGCUUGGUGCGGUUUGAUUUGACGUGGUCCUAUGAAGCAAGAGCGCCCGACGCUCUUCAAGAGUUAGCAGUGUUCCAACGAGGCGCGCUAGAUCAGUACCUGACCUACUCGCACGAAAAGGCCGUCAUGUACCGGGCACAAACAAAUGCGGACCCCUACCACGACCCCAUGAAGGUCGCGUGUGCGGGGUUUCGGAUUGAGGAGUUAAGGAUUCAGUUGGACGCGUUCUUUGAGCAUGUUGACGAGCACAUCGAAGAGUCCAAUGUGCAUAAAACGGCCGCCAAGGAGAAACUACUCGAACUAGAAAUGGAGACGGACGCUAGAAUAGCGGCCCAGAAGGAGUUGGAGGACAGCGAGUUCGUCAAGGAUUCGUUAACGUUGGACGCCGGUUGCAGAGACACAGAGGGCCGGAUCCAGGGCAAGACGGCCUGGGACUUUGUCACGGACGUCGAGAAUGAUGCAAUUGAUCAGUUGACGAGAGAUUGGGGAUUUAGGGGGGGCGUGCUUACCGGUGCGACGCGGUACUACAAGCGGAAGGUCGCGCGGGACUGCUGCUCGGACUUUUGUGCGAAAGAAAGAGCAAGAAGACGUAGGUGCGCAUACAAGUGGCGAAGAUGUCGGUACGACUGCCUGUUCUUCUGGAAGUGCUACAAGAAGUCGAAAUACGUCAGUCAGCGAGAUGUUGGUUGUUUGUCCGAAGGGACGCUGCGGGUCGAAGGGUUACUGUUGAAGAGGCGCGCGACGAAGUGCUGCUGCUGCCGGGAAUCGCGGUGGCGCCUCGUCCACGCGGCCAUAAGGGACGACGUCCUCUACUACGCGCCGCGGUGCGCGGGCUGCGACGUCGGGACCACCAAACGGCUACCGUUGCACUGCGUGUCGGCGAAGUACUUCGCGCAGAAGGGCAUUUUGAGGUUGACCGUGAAGAAGGGCGGCGCGGGGCGGCCCCGCGGCAUCGCCUUCGACUUCGCCGUGCCCUAUACUCAGAGCGGCCUGCGGGGCCUCGCGCCGGCGCCUCCUUAUAAACCGGACGCCGGCGAGAUCCGGCCCUGGCACGACGCCGUCCGCGACGCGAAGUGCGACGCGCUCUCGCGGGAGGAGGGGUAGCGCUAUCACUAACUACACAAUUUAAGA